UACGCACAAUUGACCAUACGCCUUGCCUUAAAAAUUUGCAGUAAUAUCAAGAGUUGCCAUUCUCAUUAAUUAAAUUUUUCUCCAUUUUGUGCAUGACCGAGUGUCACAUUGUGCUGAAUUUAUAUCUUGUGAUUUUGGUCAUCUCAUUUUAUCAAAUAUCGAUUAUAGGGAAGUCGCAAUGAAUAAUAAGUCUAUUAUUGCAUCAAAAGCAAUCUAAAGCACUAAUAUAGCCAAUUGCAUUUCGGAAAUUGUGCUCUUGUGCCCUUAAUUAGUACACAUGAAGGCUGAUAAAUAAUUUUUAAGUUUUGAAGUCAAAUCUGAGUAGUUAUAUUAAAAUCAUAUGAAGCCCAUAAAUAAAUUGCCUGAGGAUUAGGCAGAUCACCAACUUGUUGAGUUGUAUCUGUUACAGAUUUCAGUAGUGUGAUCAACUCCAUGGCGAUGGAGGGGAGUCUGCCCGAAGGUGAAGCUCACCUACCUGUCAGUCAGGAAUGUAUUCCCAAUCACACCUUGCCUGUUGAUGUCCUUAUUGACAACCAGGGUAUGCUGCACAUCCCCUCCACAACAACAACAACGAAAGUGAGCAAGAAAAGAAAGUUAAUCGAUGAUGAAGUGUCUGUUCUCCAAGCAGAAAGAGACAAAUACAUUGCAGAAUGUGAAAAGUUAAAGCAAGAAGCCAUUUUUUUCAGAAUUAAGGCUGAGGUGGAAGAACUGAAAAAAGAAAAAUUACAAUUGGAAAUAAUGAAGCUGAAAUGUCAAAAUGAGCAGUGAUUUGGGAUCUACAUAGAAUCCUACUAGCAUAUUUGUACAUGGAAUAUUUCACACAAUGAAAAUUUGUUUGUUCAU